AUGAAAGCUUCAGUCACUGCAGUCCCACCCUCUGGCCUACUUCUUGUCCUGUUGUGCUGCCCUCUGCUGGGCUCGGUGCAAUCCGCCGCUAACAACAAGGCGGGCGACCAUGGACGCUUCACAUACGUGAGCAAUUCGGACCUGCAGCGCUGCAUGAGGCAUCACUUUGUGGAGACAAUCAGCCACCCCGUUUAUAAGUGCAACUCCAAGAUGGUGUUGCUGGCACGUUGCGAAGGCCACUGCGGCCAGACCACGCGCUCCGACCCGUUGAUCUCCUUCAGCUCGGUGCUUAAGCAACCCUUCAAGAGUACGUGCUCCUGCUGCCGCCCGCACACUUCCAAACUCAAGGCUGUGCGCCUGCGCUGCGCUGGCGGCACACGGAUCACGGCCACCUACCGGUACAUCCUGGCCUGCAACUGCGUGGAGUGCAGCUAA